AUGACUAGUCAUAUCCUAUUUUUCACAAUUUUAUUUGUGUUUUCUAGUAGUUUGAUUCUAGCUUCUAUCCCCGAAUUCUAUUUCAAUGCUGGCGAAAAUGCAACAAUCAGUAUUGGAGAUUCGAAAGAGCUCAUGAGAUCUGUUGGAAGCGCUGGAGGAAUUCAAGUUUAUCGAGUUUGUGAUGGGAAAAAUGCAAAGACUUGUGGAUAUUGGGAAGAUACAAAGGUUAGUUGGCCUAACUUUAACAUCAAUUAACUCUAGAAAUCUCGGAUUUUCAGACCAAGAAAAAAGUGGCAAAUGCUCCAGUGACCAAAAAAGUUGGGCAAAAUUUGAUUCUUGAAAAAGUGACAGAUGAGGAUUCUGGAAGCUACUAUAAUGAUGGUGAUAUUUACUUCCGCGUUCAGGUAUUCAAUUCGGUCGUGCAAGGAAAAUAA